AUGGUGCACGUCAACUUCUACCGCAACUAUGGGAAGACUUUCAAGAAGCCAAGGCGUCCGUAUGAGAAGGAGCGUCUUGACGCUGAGCUGAAGCUGGUUGGGGAGUACGGUCUGCGGGCCAAGCGUGAGCUCUAUCGUGUGCAGUAUGCCCUCAGCCGCAUCCGAAAUGCUGCCAGGGAGCUGCUCACUCUGGAUGAGAAGAACCCCCGCCGUAUCUUUGAGGGUGCGGCUCUCCUCCGCCGCAUGAACCGCUACGGUCUUCUCACUGAGGAACAGAACAAGCUUGAUUACGUGCUUGCCCUCACUGUUGACAACUUCCUCCAGCGCCGUCUUCAGACCAUCGUCUUCAAGAAUGGCAUGGCCAAGUCAAUCCAUCAUGCUCGUGUCCUUAUCAGACAGCGCCACAUCAGGGUUGGAAAGCAGCUCGUCAACAUUCCUUCUUUCAUGGUGAGGGUGGACACUGAGAAACACGUCGACUUCUCGCUCACCAGCCCCCUUGGUGGUGGCCAACCUGGAAGAGUGAAGCGGAAGAACCAGAAGAAGGCCUCAGGUGGUGGUGGUGAUGACGGCGAGGAGGAAGACUAA